UGUGUUUUGCGUGCGUGAUGUUCAAGGGCUCGUCAGUGCGCCGCAGAGGAGUCUCGCCAUGCGCGCACGCGCGCGUGGGUCUACACGGCGCAUCAUCGUUUGACGCGUUUGCGUACAAAGCAACGCAGACUCCGCCCGUGGUGCGUUCAGGUGCCAAAUAUUUAUCUAUUCAUUCAACACUUUCGAUGAUGCAGUCCGGUGGAGUUUUUGACCUGGGCCCCGAGUCGACGAGCCGCGUGGCCAUGGCAACCAUGUCCAUCCUGCAGCCGCCGUCGCCACUGCCGGCCCUGUGCCGCUGGUACCUGUACGCCAUCCACGGCUACGUGUGCGAGGUGCUGUUCACGGGGUGCUGGGACUUCGCCCUGCACCGUAACUGGAAGCUCCCGGGCGUCACCAGCUUGUGGGCGAUGUUCCUCUACGGCACCUGCAUCCUGGCCAUCGAGCGCAUGUACCUGCGGCUGCGCGACCGCAUCAACGUGGUGCUGCGCUGCAUCGUCUACACGCUGUGGACGUACGCAUGGGAGCUGAGCAUGGGCCUGCUCCUGCGUCGCUUCAAAGCCUGCCCCUGGGACUACUCCAAGUUCCGCUAUAACUUCAUGGGCCUAGUGACGGCUGAGUACGCCUUGCCCUGGUUCUUCGCCGCCUAUCUGGUGGAGCGCCUUGUCGUCCAGAAUACCCUGCGCCUGCGCUACCACGACGGCUCCGACGACGGCUGGUCCGACCCCGUGGCCGGGGCCAUCAGGGCCGCUCGCCGGGGUGAGAAGAGGCUGCGGGCUGGCGGGGUCAGUGGCUUGUUCAAGUGGGACUAAGCGCCUUGCCGACUUGGCUGGUUCGCUGCUAAAAAUUGUCCCAAAUGGAAAAAAAAAAGUGAAAAA